AUGGUCACCAUAGCAGUCAUCGGAGGCACAGGUUCCGUUGGCAAAACAAUCGUUGACGCUUUCCUCGCAGAAGGCACUCACGAAGUCAUUGUAAUCACUCGCAAGGUUCCAGAGGGACAGAGCGCCGCCAAGGUUCUCGCGGUCGAUUACGCGAACGUGGACCAGCUCACUAAAACGCUUGAGGUAAAUAACAUUUACACGGUUAUCUCCACCAUCGUCAUGUAUGACCCUGCAGCUGCACAGGCAGAGAGGAACUUCAUCGCAGCCGCAGACAAGUCCGCAUGCACCAAGCGCUUUGUAGCAAGUAACUGGGGCAACGCUACGCCUGAGGAUCCCUCUCUCCGCCUCGAACUCAACGGUCUCCGCGACCCAAGUAUCACUGCUCUUCGCAAGACGGGACUGGAGUGGACGCAGUUCUACGUCGGCCUCUUCCUAGACUACUACGGCAUGCCACACAUCCCCACCUAUCUAAACCCCCUCGUUGUCUUCAUAGACGUGGCGCACAAAACAGCCGCGUUACCUGGUACCACAGGUGAUGAACUCGUAAGCUUCACUUACACGCAGGAUUUGGGUAAAUUCGUGGUAGCGGCCAUGGAUUUGGAACACUGGGACGAAGCGCUGCAUUGCUACAGCGAGAAUACUUCUCUCUCCUGCCUCCUACAGAUCGCUGAGGAAGCUCGCGGUACGUCACUCACCCCACCCCCACUCUACUUUCAAUGA